AUGGUCGUCCAUCUUUGUUGCCACUUACUCAAACCUGCGAAUCGCCAAUUUAUCUUGUUCGUCAAAGGCUACAACUCUUGGGCUUUACGUAUUCGAAAUGCUCCCUCUCUUCGUAAAGCAUUAACUAUUUACUCCCAGAUGCACCGUCAGUCCGUUCCUUAUGACAGCUUCUCAAUUCUCUUUAUGCUCAAAGCCUGCGCUCCUUCCCGCAAUCUCUCCAUUCUUGAGCACCUCCAUGCCCAUAUUGCCAAACUUGGGUUCACCUCACAUCUUUAUGUCGCUACAUCCCUUCUCUAUGCAUACGUCCUUAACUCUUUACAACUGGCUUGCUUGUUGUUCGACGAAAUGCCCCACAGGAACACUGUUUCCUGGAACACCAUGAUUUUUGGGUAUUCCAAGUCAGGGAACGUAGACAGAGCUCGCCAGCUGUUUGAUCUAAUGCCCUCAAGAGAUUUAGCAUCAUGGUCUGCUAUGAUUGCUGCUUACAUUAACAAUCGCAAUUACAAGUGUGGCUUGGUUCUUUUCCAGGAUAUGAUAGCCAGUGGUCUAAAUCCUGACCAAAUGGCGGCAGGAUCAAUCCUAAAUGGGUGUGCUCAUAUGGGCUCUUUAGGAUUUUUGGCCGGAAAAUCAGUUCAUGGUUUUGUGGUCAAGAAUAGGUGGGAACUGAACUUGGAACUUGGUACAGUUUUGGUUUAUAUGUAUGCCAAAUGUGGAUCUUUGAAGAAUGCUUGCCAGGUAUUUCAUUUGAUGCCUGAAAAGAACGUCAGGAGUUGGACUGCUCUGAUUUGUGGGUCGGUCCAGCAUGGCUACUCUAAGGAAGCAUUAGUUUUAUUUGAGAUGAUGAGGAAUGAAGGUGUGGAACCGAAUGAAUUGACUUUCACUGGAAUUUUAAGUGCGUGUGUUCAUGCAGGGUUAGUUCAAGAAGGCCGCAAAUAUUUUAACAUGAUUGAAGAAUUUAACUUGGAAAUUAGGAUUCAACAUUAUGGUUGUAUGGUUGAUCUUCUGGGUAAGUCGGGAUUGUUGGAGGAAGCCUAUGGCAUUAUUAAGAAUAUGAGACUCGAGCCUAAUGUCAUUGUGUGGAGCUCUAUUUUGUCGGCCUGUAAGCAACAUAACAGGUUUGACAUAGCUGAGAGAGUUAUUGAACAGAUAUUGGAAAGGACAGAACCCGAAAAUUAUGGUGGAAUUUACUCUCUCAUAUCUGAUUUGUAUGUUUUGGAGGAAAAGUGGGAUGAUGCAGAAAAGAUAAGGAAAUUAAUGAACCAAAAUGUGAGGAAGGUUAGGGCCUAUAGCCUUAUUAGAAGUGAACUGUAG